AAAGGUAAAAUCUAUUCAUGUCUCCCGAAGUAUUUGGACACUUGAUAAUGGUGAUGUCACACACUUUAUGCCAGUGGUGGAGGGGAGGUGUCGGCGAAAGCGCCUAGCCUGCAUCCGGGGCACUCCCCGCGUAUCGCGUCGUGUUCAAUUCAGCACCGCGCUGGGCUGAACAGCGACACUCGGGAUGCUGGUGGCGGUGGAGUGACCGACGUACGCGGUCGGCCGGGUUCGGUCAGCGCCGCAGUAUCCAAUGCCUGACGCCCGACCUCCGGCAUCCCGGAGCAUGCCAGCCCGGGCGAGGAAGAGGAAGCCCCGGACAGUAGGUGAGCAAGGGUGUCAAUCCCCGGAGAGGCACCCCUCGCGGUGAGCGCCGCCCGGAUCUGGUGGCGGUGGUCCCGGCGGCAGUGGUUGGUCGCCAUGGGUUGCAUCCAGAGCAUCGCCUGCAACAAGUCGCGCGUCCGCAGGGAGAAUGUGGUGGUGUGCGACCUGGCGGCCACCAUCGACCCCCGCCCCACGGCCGUGGAGGAGGACUCGGACAUCGUGCUGCGCUACAAGACGCCCUAUUUCAAAGCGUCGGCCCGGGUUGUCAUGCCACCCAUCCCGCGGAACGAGACCUGGGUGGUGGGCUGGAUCCAGGCGUGCACCCACAUGGAGUUCUACAACACCUACGGGGACCUCGGCAUGUCAAGUUGGGAACUGCCCGAGCUGCGGCAAGGCCAGGUUCAGGCCAUUAGCGACUCGGACGGCAUCAGCUACCCAUGGUACGGCAACACCACAGAGACGGUCACCAUCGUGGGUCCCACCUCCAAGCCGUCGCGUUUCACCGUCAGCAUGAACGACAACUUCUACCCCAGCGUGACCUGGGCCGUGCCGGUGAGCCGAUCUGACGAGCCCUCGCUGACCGACAUCAAGCGGGACCAGAGUUUCACCACCUGGUUAGUGGCGCUCAACGCCACUUCCAGGGAGAAGAUCCUGCUGCGUGCCAUCAAGUGGCGCAUGAGGGUGGACAUCGCCGUGGACCCGGCCCGGCCCCUGGGCUCCAGGGCGCGGCUUGUGGGCGGGGUGCGCCAGGAGCAGCCGCGGGUCCUGAGCCACAUGGAGCCCAUCCCGGCUAAUGCCAUGGGGAGACCCAAUGCCAAUGACGCCCAAGUGCUCAUGUGGAGGCCCACCAGAGGGCAUCCACUUGUCGUCAUUCCACCCAAGUAGAGUUCAUGACAGAAUAUGCAUGAUAUUCAGUUUAAUCCUUGAACUG